AUGUUCAAUAAAGUCCCUUUCUUUCUCAAUGUAAUGGAAGAACAACUUACAUUAGAUGUUUAUGUCGAGUUGUAUCACAUUAAAACACGAUUUCCCUCUCUUUCUUUUCCUCCCUCUCUCUCUCUCUCUCUCUCUCUCUCUCUCUCUAUCUAUCUAUCUAUCUAUCUAUCUAUCUAUCUUUCUUCCUUGCAUAUUGAUUCCUUUUUCAUCAACCUUCUUGUGAUUGUCUCUCUCUCUCUCUCUCUCUCAAACUUUCUCUUUUUCUCUCUCACUCUCUCUCUCUCUUAUUUCAUCAUUUAUUCGCCCUUUCCUUCCUGUCUCCCUUUCACUAUCACCGUCAUUCAUUGUGGCUCUCUCCUUGAUUCCCUCUUCUUUUUCUUUUCCCACCAACAGUUUUGCUUUGUCUUUCUCGCGCUCUCUUUUUACCUCUAUCUCUCGUAUCGUUUCUCUCUCUUUCUCUCACUCUUUCUCCUCCCCCUCCUUUUCUCUCUCUUCAUCCUCUCUUUUGAUCCUUUCUUGAUUUUUUCACCAACAUUUUUGUCCUCUCUCUCUCUCUCUCUCUCUCUCUCUCUCUCUCUCUCUCUUUCUCUUCUCUCUCUCUCUCUCUCUCUCUCUCUCUCUCUCUCUCUUAACGUUCUUUUAGGAAAGAAAGGGCAAUAUAAUGCUGAGAUCUCUCACACUCUCCGCCUUUUUCUCUUUCUCACUUCUUCAUUUUCUCUUCUUUCUUUCACCAAAAUUCUCUCUCUCUCUCUCUCUCUCUCUCUCUCUCUCUCUCUCUCUGUCUGCAUUCUGUGUGUGACAUUCAGACUGAGAGCGGCCCACGCGCACGCAAAUUUUUAA